AUCUUAGCCAUGAGUUACCCAGGCUAUCCUCCAGCAGGCGGGUAUCCUCCAGCAGCACCAGGUAGUAAUCCAUGGGGCGGCUCUGCUGCUUAUCCUUCUUCAAAUCCACCUCCAAUCGGACUGGAAAAUGUUGGCGGCUAUGUUAAUCAAUUUAAUCCUGACUAUAUGUCAGGGUUGGCUUCUAAUCUGUCCGGAACGUUUGGGGGUGCCAGUGUACCCCAAGGUGUAUAUCCUCCUGCACCAGGAGGCUUUCCCCCUGUCCCUCCAGGGGGCUUCGGGCAACCUCCUCCAGGACAGCAGCUUCUGACCUACCCAGGGCAGCAGCCAAUGACCUACCCAGGGCAGCAGCCAAUGACCUACCCAGGGCAGCAGCCAAUGACCUACCCAGGGCAGCAGCCAAUGACCUACCCAGGGCAGCAGCCAAUGACCUACCCAGGGCAGCAGCCAAUGACCUACCCAGGGCAGCAGCCUAUGCCACCACCUGGGCAACAGCCUAUGCCACCACCAGGGCAGCAGCCAAUGCCAAGUUAUCCUGCAGGCCCAGCUGUGAAUCCCUCUGUGCCACCUUAUUCAGGAUCUGGGAUGCCCAUAGUCACACCUGGAACAUCUGGAAACCGAGGCACAAUCACUGAUGCGCCAGGAUUUGACCCCUUGAGGGAUGCAGAAGUCCUGAGAAAAGCUAUGAAAGGAUUUGGAACCGACGAGCAGGCAAUUAUAGAUUGUCUUGGAAGUCGCUCCAGCAAGCAAAGGCAGCAGAUCCUCCUGUCCUUCAAAACAGCUUAUGGAAAGGAUUUGAUCAAAGAUCUUAAAUCUGAGCUGUCGGGCAACUUUGAGAAGACAAUCUUGGCAAUGAUGAAGACGCCUGUCGUGUUUGACGUCUGUGAAAUAAAGGAGUCGAUAAAGGGUGCUGGCACAGAUGAAGCCUGUCUCAUUGAAAUUCUGUCUUCUCGCAGUAAUGAACACAUUCGAGAAAUCAGCAGGACCUACAAAACAGAAUUUAAGAAAACUCUGGAGGAAGCUAUACGAAGUGACACUUCUGGACACUUCCAGAGACUUCUAAUCUCACUUUCUCAGGGAAACAGAGAUGAAAGUACAAAUGUUGACAUGUCCCUUGUCCAAAGGGAUGUUCAGGAGCUUUAUGCUGCUGGAGAGAGCCGUCUAGGGACCGAUGAGUCCAAGUUCAAUGCCAUUCUGUGCGCCAGGAGCAGGGCUCACCUCAGGGCAGUUUUCAGCGAGUACCAGCGGAUGUGCAACCGUGAUAUCGAGAAGAGCAUAGCUCGCGAGAUGUCUGGGGACCUCGAAAGUGGCAUGCUGGCAGUGGUCAAGUGCAUGAAAAACACAUCAGCUUUCUUUGCAGAAAGGCUCCAUAAAGCCAUGAAGGGAGCGGGAACAAAAGACAGGACUCUGAUUCGAAUCUUGGUAUCACGCAGCGAAGUCGACUUGCUGGACAUACGUGCUGAAUACAAGAGGAUGUAUGGCAAAUCCCUCUACGCGGACAUCACAAGUGAUACUUCAGGAGACUACCGGAAAAUCCUGCUCAAGUUGUGUGGUGGAAACGACUAAGUGGAGCUUUCAGCUUUUUAAAAAGCAGCUGCUUUUCUGUUAUCGCUUUAAUGUAUCAAUAUUGGAUUUGGUUGGUUGGUUGGUUUGUUUCCUCCCCCCCCCCCAAAAAAAAGCCAUGAAUUGUUUACCUAAAGUUACAGUGUAUGUAAAACUAGCUCUACAUAUCAUCCCCUUUUUUCAUCCAAAAAUAUAUAAUAAACACAAAAAAAUCUAGCUAUUGUAAAAACUGCUCAAGAUUUUUUUAAUCACUCUCUAGUUCAUGAAUAACAGAUUAUUUUCCUUAGCUUACAAUAAUUUUAUCUCCUGGUACAAAAAAUAAGUCUUGUUACUGUCCACAAGGAUGACUGGGGGUUUCUUGGAUUUUGUUUUGGAGGUUCCUAUUGUAUGGACAUUGUAUGAGUCUCUCUUUUUGUGUGUGAAUUUUCUUGUAUUUGUUGUACACAACAAUGAUUUUGUGUGCAUGAAUGGAACAGGUCUUAGUUUGUUUUGCAUCUAAUUAAAUUGUAUAAGAAGUUUUAUUAAAUAUUCUUUUUCUAAGGAAGAACUGCUCUGCUCUUCAGGCUUCACUGCAAAUAUCACAAGAAUGGAGCAUCUAUAUAAACUCGGCCUCUCCAGUUAAUGUUGUGGAUUGUGCCUUAAAAUCAAUAUGUUUGUCUAAAAGAGGAUUGUAAAAUUAAAGCCAUAUAUCUUUUAAAUCA